AUGGCAAAUUGGGCUAAUCCUGAAGCUCAUGGCUUCCUCGAGAGUGCAUCUCCUAUCCUUUUGGAUAUGCUAAGGAGCAACAAAAAGUCCAUGUCCCUUUCCUUGUUGGCAGUACUCCUUGGCUUUCUUUGUCUCAAGUGGCUUAGACCUUCUCCCUUCCGAAUGAUUAAUGGCAAAAGGCUCGGGGAGCUGACUAAUAUUCGUGCUAAGAAAGAGUUCAUGAUUGGAGCCCAAGGUCUCAUCGCGAAAGGCCUCGAGAUGGUACCUGGGAAACCUUUUCGCAUUAUGGGAGAUGUUGGUGAGAUCUUCAUUCUACCGCCCAAUUAUGCACAUGAGAUUCGAAAUCAUGAACAACUUAGCUUCACCAUGGCGGCCUUUAAGUGGUUUUAUGCUCACCUCCCUGGCUUCGAAGGCUUCCGAGAGGGCACGACAGAGAGCCAUAUUAUGAAACUCGUUGCGCGACACCAGCUCACCCACAAGUUGACAUCCGUGACCGAACCGGUCUCGGAGGAAUGUGGCUUAGUUUUGAAGGAGGUAUACACAGAUAAUCCAGAAUGGCACGAUGUUGUUGCCAAAGAGGCAAAUCUUCAGCUCAUGGCCCGCAUUAGCUCCCGCGUAUUUCUCGGAGCUGAAAUGUGUCGAAACCCUCAAUGGCUUCGCAUUACAGCCACAUACACAGUCAUUGCCUUCAGGGCAGUAGAAGAGCUUCGACUUUGGCCAUCGGUGCUUCGUCCCGUAGUGCAGUGGUUCUUGCCUCAUUGCUCUGAGGCUCGUGCACUUGUUCAGGAGGCGAGGAGUCUGAUUAAUCCCCUGCUUGAACGAAGACGGACUGAGAAAGCCGAAGCAGCCGAGAGAGGUGACGAGGUUACUUAUAACGACGCGAUCGAGUGGUUGGAGCAAACGGCGCUGGAGAAAGACGUACCUUAUGACCCAGCCUGUGCCCAACUCUCAUUGUCUGUGGCCGCUCUGCAUAGCACCACCGACUUCUUUACUCAAGUGAUGUUCGACAUUGCCAAGAAUCCCGAGCUUAUCCAGCCGUUACGGGAUGAAGUCAUUUCGGUGCUGGGCCAAAACGGGUGGUCCAAGCAUUCGCUGUACAAUUUGAAGCUCAUGGACAGUGUUUUGAAGGAAAGCCAACGCUUGAAACCCAUUGCCAUAGCAAGCAUGCGCCGGUAUACCACAAGCGACGUCAAACUAUCUGACGGCACUAUCCUCCCCAAGAACAAGCUCACUCUCGUAUCUGCUCAGAAGCAUUGGGAUGCGGAAGCGUAUGAGGACCCUCACAAGUUUGAUGGAUAUCGCUUUUACAAUAUGCGACAGAAACCAGGAAACGAGAACAAAGCGCAGCUCGUAAGCGCCACUCCUGAUCAUAUGGGGUUUGGAUAUGGUCUUCACGCAUGUCCAGGAAGAUUCUUUGCAUCCGAGGAGAUCAAACUUGCCCUGUCUCAUAUUCUGCUCAAAUAUGACAUCAAACCAGUUGAUGGUUCAAGUAUGGAGCCAAGAAGGUUCGGGUUGAACAUUACUGCUAGUCCGACUGCAAAAGUAUCGAUCCGGAGGAGAAAGGAGGAGAUUAUAAUCUGA